AUGUCUCGCCGCAGGCUAACAACAAAUAGUACUGCAAUAAAGGAGUUUGAAAGUGAAACAACAAAUCCUCAGCAAACGCCUCGUUAUAACUUAAGACAACCAAGAACGCCACCACCAACAACAAUGUCGAUAUCUACAAUAUCAGCACCCUCAACACCUUCACCGCUUAAACGACAAAUUCCUUUAACGCCAGAAACUUCUCCAACAGCAACCAUACCACCACCACCCUAUUAUGAUGAUCCAAUAAAAGUUCAACUUGUGGAAAGAAUCCCAAAAUUAACUUACCAGCCCAGUGUGUUUGGAACCAUGCUCUUACAAGAGGAUGAGAUUUGCUAUAAUGAAGAGGAAAAUAAUAAGGAGAUUAAUCAAUUGAAUACAUCUGAGAAUAGUAGUGGCAGUAGUAGUAAUAACAACAACGCUACCACCACCACCACCAGUGAUAAAAAUAGUUCUGAUUCAUGGAAAAAUGUUGAAACUUCAAUACAAAUUCAUACUUUGCCAAUGUUUUUAGUGUUCAUUUGGAAUUCACUUAGAACACUUAUUCUUGUUCUCUUCUCUUUUCUAAUUUACACGUGGAAUUACCGCAACAAACAUUCAUUGGAUAUCGCUUGGGACUCUGAUGAGUUUCGUGCAUUAAUUGCUAAUGAAGUUGGAACUGUUUUCUCUCACGAAAUACAAAAAAUGUUGGAAGAUAAAGUUGAAUCUGGUCUUAAUCGAGAUGAAGUAUUGAAGUCAGUAAUCAGAGAAAUGCAAGAGGUUUUUACGAGAGAAUUAUUAGAAAAAAAAUAUGGAUCAAGUCGUCCCGAUUUUGCUCUUUCAACAGUAGGUGCAAGAAUAAUUCCACAUCUGACAUCAUUAUCUUACUCUGUCUCUCCUCAAAGUUGGACAAGGAAGAUUAUCUCAUAUAUAUCAUGGCGGAAUAAUAUUGUCGACAAUGCACCGAUGAUUACUAUUGCGCCUGGUAUUUAUGAUGGUCUAUGUUGGAGUUUCGCAGGACAAAAAGGAGUACUUGCUGUGCGACUAGCGAAAAAUGCACAUAUAAAUGCAAUCACUUAUGAACAUAUUAGUAAAGAAGUUGCAGUACGAGAUGAAGUUUCACCAGCACCAAAGGAUUUCGAGGUUUGGGGACUUCCAGAAAACGGCCUUGAAUUAAGCGUAGAAGAUUUCACAAUAUUUCUUGGCCGUUUUACUUAUAAUGUUAAAGAAUCAGCUCCAAGGCAAAUAUUCAACACCGUCACAUCAGAAGUACCAAUACGCGCUGUUCUAUUUAAAAUUAUGAACAAUUGGGGCAAUUCAAAAUUUACUCGUGUUUAUCGAUUCCGUGUUCAUGGAGAUCGUGUCGAUUAA